AGGGGAAGGGAGUCAGGGGUUAACAGACACAUCCUCGUGCAUAGUAUGCAGGGAGUCAGAGGUACAGACACAUCCUCGUGCAUAGUAUGCCAUGCCACACACACAUACACACAUGUACAAACACAUACGCGCAUACACACAUACACGCGUACAUUCGUAUACAUACGUACAUAUAUACAUACAUAUAUACACACAUACACAUAUGCAUACAUGCACACACAUAUACACACAUACAUAUGCACAUACAUACAUGCAUACAUACGUUCAUAUAUAUAUAUAUACAUAUAUAGAUACAUACAUACAUACAUACAUACAUACAUGCGCACAUACAUGCAUCCAUACAUACACGUAUAUACAUAAGUACAGCAUACAUACAAACAUACAUACAUAGAUACAUAGGUGCACGCACGUACACACAUGCGUAUACACAUACAUACAUACAUGUAUACACAGAUAGAAAGUCCACCCAUUGUGUAUGUGUGUUUGGAUUGCGAGCAUCGCGGGGCAGACACGGCCUUCGUUGGUAGAGCCCCGUUCUCUGCAUUCUCCGACCAU